UACUUCACCAUUUUUUUUUUUCUGGGGUCUUCUUUCUAUCUCUCUUCAACACGCACAAACUAGAAGUCCAAAAUCGUGCGACAUUCCAAACAUUCUGCCAAUUUCGAAAACCUACACAAUUCUCAUUUCUCAGAAAUCAAAUUUUGCAAAGUUUCUAAUUUUCUUCUUAUUUGCCUUACUAAAACUUGUUGGCAACGUAUAUUGGUGGUUAGAUUCAUCCUAAAUUGAAUUUUCUCAAGUUCUUUUUACCAGCUUAUAUUAUUCCUUUCUUUGCUAUUGAUUUUCCUCAUUGCAAAAUUUUCUGAUUAGGUUUUCUGACCUCCUUUUGCUUCUCAAUUCCCCGAAUUUUGCUGUUGCUGAAGAUUCUGACAUCACCAUAAGGGAUACUUCAAUAUGAGAUCAUGGUUUGAGUUCUUGAUUCGGGCAUGCUGCUUGCGUUAAUUACAGAUUCCCAUGGGCUCUUCCCGUUUUUAUAUUUCGAAUUGAGCACUUGAGUGUUCUUGCUGAAGAGUGAGCCAGCUUUUGCUCAUGGCGGAUUCCUUGCAUGUUGGUGAUAACAAAAAGGAGCUCAAGCGUACUAUGAUUUGUAGCACAUCUCAAACCAAAAAUCAUAUAGUUGCUUCUAUCCCAAAGUACUGUUCAAUGAAAUCUCUAAGACGGAUUGUGAAUGUGGAGCAAGGUAUAUUGGGUAUGGGUACUAUCUCUGAAGUUGGACUUUUCCUUUUAAAAACAGCAAUUUUAGAGGCAGUGAGGAGAUUUUCGAAGGCCCACUGUCCAUUCUUGUGGCAAAGUCUCCAGGCUCUGCAAUUUGUUUGUUUACCACCAUUUAAGUGGAUUCAGAAGUGGGGUUUGUUUAGAGGUUUGGUUAAGGGCAUGCAGGCUUUGUCAAGACCACUUUUACUUCUCUCUGUUGCAUCAUCUGUCUCCAAUCGAUCAGCCAAUGUCGAAGACAAUUCAGGAAGUGUAGAUGCUUCCCAGCCAAGGACUGAUCUACAAUCUGAUUCUUUGGCUAAUAGACCAUCAGAUUCAAGCGGAGAAAACGAAAGUCAAUCCCCUGAGAGGUGGAUGUUACAACUUUUUGCUGAGCUAGAAAAGGAGGAAAUAAUUCUGCCAGAGAGGAUUACCGAAGAUGACCUUCGUAGAUUUUAUCAUGUUGCAAAUGGUGAUUUUUCAAGUUUCUUAUCUUCAGUCAAGAGAACAAUCAACUGGAGACAAAAUUUUAGAUUUAUGUCCAUUCAAGAACUUGAAGACUGGUCAGAGAUGGUGUUUUGGCAUGGAAUUGAUGCUAAGCAACACCCUUGCUUAAUUAUUCGCGUUCAAUCUGCAUGCUCUAAUAUAAUGUCAACGGAGAGAUCUCGCUUGCCUGAAGUAGUUGUUUCUCAGAUAGAGUAUGGGAUUCUCCACCUAGUUCGUGCAGAAGAUCCUCUAGUCACAGUGCUAAUGGACUGUGAGGGGUUGAGUCCAUUUGGUUUCCCUAUACAUAUGAUGAGAUCCUGUGCUAUCCUUUUGCAAGACCAUUACCCAAAUAGACUUGCUGCUCUAUUUGUUCUACGAUUGCCUCCAAUCGCUCGUGUAAUUGCACAAACUUUAUUUCAGGUGUUGAGACCAGGCACCAGGCGAAAACUCCGAAUUUUGGGGGAGGACUACCAAAAGGUUUUGUCAGAGCAUCUUCAGGUUCUUCCUUCUUUACUUGGUGGUGAUUGCUCGUGCCCAAAAUGCGCAAAGUUUAUGGGUAAAGAUAACAAUGUGGUUGGACCGAGUUUACAAACCGAGGUGGAGAAUCUCCCAUCUCUUCAUUCUGCUUAUCACGCUCAUGAGUUCAAAUAUAUCAAGUGUGAUAGGAUCUGGAAAAGCACCGUCAUUGCUCUUCUUCUUCUUCUGGUAUGCGUUGUUUUUCCUGCUCGGUUUCAAAGCUUGAAAGACAUACAGUUGUACAGAAGUGGCUGGUAGUCUGUAAAACCGUCAGCUCUUUUUGACACUCUUUUUGUGAACACUAAGUUGUAUCUUAUACGUAUAGAAAUUGUAUCCAGUGGAAGAAGUCUUAGAUCAAAAUGUUCUGUGAGAUAGUGUGGUUUCCUCCUAAAUAAAUAAUCUUUAUCAGGCCAUUCAUGUUUUUGUUU